GAAGAGUAAAGCGGGAUGGACAACUCUGAACAAGAUUCCACAGUCCAAAACAAGAGCGCAGUUGGCACAGACUCGGAUCACAAUGAAGAUUCUGUGGAGUCGACACCAACGCGCAAAAACACGGACCGAAGGAGUUUGGUGACCACAACUAGGAAUGAUUCUACAAAGGGAUCUGAACAUCCCAGUGUCAAGUACAUUCGGCGCAAAGAAUCUGGUCAGAGUCCUUUCGUUCGAAGUAGAAAGAGUCUGAGGGACUCUAACCCUAACCAGAGUCCAGGAAGUGAUUCCAGGCAUCCGAGUUUCAGACGCAUGCGCAGUUCCAGUCUUAGUUACCCUCAUCAUGAUUCUGCGGUGUCUGCAUUUAUCGAAGAGCUUAAGUUACCCCCUACUCUAAAAGCAGAAGAAGUUCCAUGGUGGACGUCGUGGAGGGUACGCUUUUCUGGCCUCUGCUUCAUAGGUUUCUUUUUCCUUUACGCACAAAGAGUCAACCUCAGCAUUGCUAUCGUCUGUAUGAUAAAGUCGGAACUCGCGGCAGCCAACAUGAUAUAUCAAUCAAACAUUACGAAUAUGUCAAUCUACGGUAUACUUACUGAUAACGUCACCCAGAGCAGUGUGAUAGAAGGUCCAAGCAGUGUGGCCAAAACAUGUCCAGUACCUCCUGCUUCUAAGACAUUGAAAGGUGAGUUUACCUGGGACAAAGCUCUUCAAGGUGGCAUUCUAGGAGCUUUCUUUUGGGGAUACACAGUAAUGCAGAUUCCCUCGGGUGUUCUUUCGGAACGCUUUGGAUCUCGCCGUAUUAUAUUUGCAGGGAUGACUUUAGUUUCUGUGUUGACUCUCCUGACCCCUGUCCUUGCUCGAGGAAGCCCUUACUUGCUUAUAAUAACACGUGCCCUCAUUGGAAUAGGUGAAGCUACAAUGUAUCCGGGCGCACAAGUAUUUUGGGCAAAAUGGUCGCCCCCACAUGAACGAAGUAGGCUUGUAGCAUUUGCAUUUGGAGGGACCCAGCUGGGAAACGCUUUGGCUUUUCCAAUAUCAAGUCUGCUUUGUGAAUAUGGUGGCUGGCCAUCAAUUUUCUAUUUUCUAGGAUCCUGCUCGUUGGUUUGGUCGUUAUUGUGGGGAUUCCUUGCUAGGGACAGCCCAGGGGAGAUGCCAAAUAUAACUGACAUCGAGAAAAAAUAUAUCGAACACUCGCUUGGAAAAGACAACAAUACAGAGCAUGCUGAUUUAAGAAAAAAGGGUAAACCCUGGAAAUCCAUUUUGACGUCACUGCCAGUCUGGGCUAUUCUUGUGACCAAUGCAGCAGGAAACUAUGGUGCUUACAUGCUGUUGACUCAAAUGCCUACAUACCUAAAAGAAGUUCUCAAGUUCGAUAUCAAAUCUAACGGAAUUUAUUCUAUGAUACCGUAUCUGGCAUUCUGGGUAACGAUCAUUGUGGCCGGAAUAUUUGCAGACACGCUCAUUUCAAAGGAUAUUCUUAGUAUUAAAUGGACAAGAAAACUUUUUUGUGCCAUAGGUCAGUUUGUCCCUGCAGCUUUUCUGAUUGCUUUGGGUUAUAUGACGUGUUUCCAACAAGAGGCUGCUAUUGCCCUCCUAACGCUGUCUCUGGCAUUUUGUGGAUUCCAAUUUCCGUCCGUUUUCGUCAACCAUGGCGACAUCGCCCCUAAUUAUGCGGGUACUAUUUUUGGGAUCACCAACACUGGAGCUAGUAUCCCGGGGAUAAUCGCCCCAUACGUGGUAGCAUCUAUAACAGUCAAUAAAACACAGCAAGAGUGGCUUGUAGCUUUCUACAUUGCCGCUGUUAUCUACUGUUUGGGGGCCAUUUUCUUUCUGAUUUUCUCGGAUGGAGAAGUUCAGGAAUGGGCCAAAGAUGAAGAGGAAAUAGAAAUGAUUGAAGAAAAAGUUGAGGAACCAUUACAGGAAGUAGAAGAAGUCCCAGAAGAUGACGAUGUCUUUCAGAAUUCCACUAAGUAAUAUACAAAUUUGUAUCUCUCGUCCUUUACUGAUUCAGAAUUACGUGAAAAUCAGAGUUGUUUUCGUCAAAAACAAUUCUUACGUAAAUGACACUACAGCCGCCUUGCUUGAUCGUGCAUAUCAUGAUCAGUUACCUAUAAUGGUUCAUUUACACUAUAAGGAAGACUGCUGACUAUUGAAAUACUGGAUGAGAUAAUCACUCUAUAUGUAUUUCUUUUGAGAUUUUACUCAAAAUUGAACCGCAAAGGGUUUGUUACAAAGAAAUCUUGAAUAUGAUUCGAAGUACUCGUGAUGAACUCGUUUGUUACGUAUUUCAGUUCAUACUUCGAUGCGGAGGAAUUUAAUACUAUUAAUAGGAGCGCUAGCUAGAUAAUUCUGUAGACAUACAAGGAAACAGUAAGCAAUAUGUGCAUGUAUGCAAUAUGUGCAAUGACGACAUCACAAUCAUAUUCAAAUACAAAAUGCUAAAUUUACCCAGUGACAUGUUCGAAACAGUUAUAUUGUUUCAACGUCUGUCGUGAACAUUUUGCUUUCAUGUACUCUUUUUGUUGUUAGGACUUAUCCAUACAUAUACGUCACAGGGAUUUAUCAGCCUAUUUUGGGAAACGCCAUUUUUGAGGAAUUGGGAAAAAAUUAUCGGCUUCUUGAUGAAAUUGGAAAAAAUUAAAAUUGUUCCUUAGAUCAUUUAUUCAGGUGUAAUUCAUUUAACAUUUCAGCAUGAACUCUAAUUUGGGCAACCAAACAGACAAUUAAAUAUGAUCCAACUUCAUAUUAUCAAUUAUGAUCAAUUAUGAAUAAUAGACUAAUAAAAGUAAAAUUGACUUCAAUGAGUAUAAAGUGUUUGUUCAACUUAGGGUAGUACAUAUGUGUAUGAGAUUCCAAUUUAAGUCAUUAUAGAAUCUGUUUCUGGAGAUUAUAUAUAAACCUCCUGCAAAAAUACUAAGUACACAUUUUCUCUCAAAGUCCUUUUUUAAUAUGUAUUAAUGCAUUGAAAAUAUAUUUUUCUAUUUGAAAUAAUGCCUACAGUCCUUACUAUUCACUCGUAGAUUAAAUGAGUAGGUAGAAAUAACUUAAUAAAUCUAUAUAAUUACACAAUAUCACCAUUGUCAGAAAAAUGGAGGAAAUUCGUUUAAAAGUUGGCGAUGUUUUUACAGUGUUUUUUAACACGUGUUAUGACUGUAGCUUUGCUAACUGAGUUAAAUAGAUGAAAAUUACAGACACUCUGACAAUUUUACUUUGUGUUUUUCCAAGAUAAUUAGAUAUAAAUGCAUUGUUCACCAAUUGGGAAAAAAUACUGCCAAAUUGGGAAAAACUGAACUCAUUUUGGGAAUGGGGCCGAAUUCCGGCCCCUGAGAAGGUACUGAUAAAUCCCUGCGUCAUCACCGUAGUGUCAAACUGCCUCCAGGCACGAUAGAAAAAAUUGUGUUAUAUUGUCAAAGACAUCACACGUUAUCCAAUUGUUGUAUAUGUUGUAAACAGUAUAUCUUUAUCAAAUUUAUUGAUCAACAGGUACCGUGGUUUUUGUCAAAUUUGGCAUAUAUCAGAGGAAAGAGAUUGUAUUUUUUUAAUGAUCUUUUAUGACAGCCACUUGAAUACGCCUUUAUUAAGAUACUAAUCUUCCCUUAAAAAGCAAUAAUAAUCAUUAAACAAAUUUUCAUUGUACAAUUUAUGUCCUCUAAUUCAAUGAAAAAAAAUUCGAUGGAUCAUUUGUAACGGGAUGAUAAAUUGUAGAAUACCAGUUUGAAAAAAAAAUAUAUUUAGAGCACAGAACCUGUUUAAAAUUUUGAAAUGUUUCCGCUCUCAAACUUAACUAUACGUGCUUCGAUGAAGCGUUAAAAUUUUCAUCUUGCAAAAACAAUGAUAUCGUUAGCUCAUAACUUUGUAUAAUUUUAGCGAUAAGCAAUCAUAAAAAAUCGUGGGUGCUUUUGUUAUUACAUGUUUGUUAAUUCUUUAGAGAAAAAUGUCGUCUGCUUUUGUUAUCAAUCAACUUUUGUGCCGAAAGUUAUCCUUAAAAGUAAAAUUCUAUUUGUUUA